AAAAACAGGAUCGCCAACAUGAUUUCCAACGUCCAAUAACAGAUAUGGCACAACAAGAAGUUUCUCUUGUGAGUCAACAGAGAACUGAUAGCCAAUCAGAUAGACUGCUCUUUCUGGCAACUGAGGAGCAAAACAAUAUUUUGGCCUUUAAGUAUCCAUCCACUAGCCACAAAAGUAUGCUUUUCACUCCUUCAGUUUUAUACUAAGUGGUAAUCCUCCUUUUUUCCUUCAGAAGAAUAAACUGUAAGCUUGUUGCUCCUUUGCUUGCUGUGUGUUAUGACGCUUCUCUGUUGGGGCCUGUAUGCAAUCAUGCCCAAACCCUACCACUGUGAGAUAAAAUCAGAAUUAGAAUUAGAAUAAUCGAGUAGAAAGGGACCUUAUAGGUCAUCUAGUCCAACCCCCUGACCAAGCAGGAGACUUUCCAGUCUUUUCUUGAAAGCUUCCAGUGUUGAAGCUCCCACAACAUCUGAAGGCAAACUGUUGGUUGAUUGUUCUCACUGUCAGGAAAUUUCUCCUUAUUUUUAGGAUGAAUCUCGCCUUGAUCAGUUUCCUUCCGUUAUUAAGCAAAAGCUGGGGUUGGUUGAAGCCCGGCACCUCCCCCAAUUGGCAUCCACACAUGCAAGACAACUUGCCAGCUGCCUGUGCUGCAACAAUCCACGCAAACUUGCACUUAGUGGUUUACCAAAACUUCAGUAGCAGAAGGAAUCACGGACCACCUGUAAAUACACAGCAAUAGUUUAGGCUGACAGUUCCUGAGCCUGGGUUCACUUCCUGAGCAGAUCUGAAUCCAAAUGGGUCAGUUCCACAGUCCAAACUUUUCAGAACUCUGCACAACUAUUGGGUUUUUCCAUCCUCAGUGGAGAGUUACUGGUGGACACGGCUGCCGCAGGGGCAGAACUAUGCUUCGUACCCGGAAUCCUGAAGCCCUCCAGAUACUUCUACACCUCGAGCGUCCCCUGCAGGUGACGAGAUAAAUCCACCGAACAUGUCCCCCCUCUGGGGGGCGCCUCCCUUUCCACACACAUACACAACACACCCCUUGAACAGUCCGGGAGGGCAGAGGUGAGGGCUGCAGAGCAGCACGUGCCUAGCUGGAGUUCUUGUCCAAUCAGCGGUUCGCCCCCCCCUCCCCACAGCUAAAAGCAGGCGCGAGGCAAUUCGCUCACGGGGCGCCCCGGGGCCGUCCACCUGCGGGGCGCGACGGGUUCCCGAUUUUGUCUUUCGCUUCCCCCCCCCUUCUUUUUUUUUUUUUAAACCGUGCGCGCGCGUCCAGGUUCCAGAUGUGGAGACAGGCAGUGGCGCGCGGCGCGGCUACGAGCCCGUCGCUGGCUGCAAGGUCUGGACCAAGCGGGAACGAAGCCCGACGAACUGGAAGGUGGCGCUGGGAGGAGGAGGAGGCGACGGCAAGACGGCGAUGCUGCUGCUGCUGCUGCUACUGAUGAUGGCAAGCGGGAGUCCCCGGGCUGCUGCUCCAAGGAAAUGCGGCAACCGGGCUCGCGCGCCCGCCGCCGCCGCUGAAACGCCAAGCCCCGGCCCCAGGUAAGGUUGCUGUCUGUAACGCUCAGCUCAGUACAAGGACUAUGCCCACGUGCUUCUGCCUCUUUCAGCCAUGGAGAGUCCCAUGUUUGACACCAUCCUGGAGACAACAGACGGGGUAACCCCUGACCCCAGUUGGUCCCUGCCCUACCCACUGGGCUUCCAGGUCUCCCUGACAGGCUUCCUGAUGUUGGAAAUCGUUCUGGGGGUUAGCAGCAACCUCACAGUAUUGGUUCUCUACUGCCUGCAAGCUGGCCUAGUUGACUCGGUCAGCAACAUGGUGACCAUGAACUUGCAUGUACUAGAUGUGCUCAUCUGUGUGGUGUGUGCACCCCUCACCAUGGUGGUCAUACUGGUGCCACCUGAUCGUGCUGCCACCCUCUUCUGCUGCUUCCAUGAGGCCUGCAUCACCUUCAGCAGUGUGGCAACAGCCACCAACGUCCUAGUGAUCAGCUUGGACCGUUACGACAUUUCAGUUCGCCCCGCACAGCGUGUGCUCACUCCAGCCCGUGCUAUUCUACUCCUGGCUGGAGUCUGGGUGCUGUCCCUGACAGUAUUUUUUAUACCCUUCCUUGAGGGCGAGUUUGGACAUGCCAGCGUGUGGCAAAAUCGUACUGUGCUGUGUGUUGGCCCAGAAGAGUUCCACGCUGAGCUCGGCACCUCCUACCACCUUGCCAUCCAGAUCCCCACUUUCUUUGCAGCCAUGGCGGUCAUGCUGGUGACCUACGCCAAGAUCCUGCAAGCUCUCAAUAUCAGCAUUGGCAGAACCUUUAAGCGCAGCCAGCGUCGCAAGACGAAAAAGAGGAAGCGACGGAAAGCAGUAGAGCUGAGUAGCAGCAGCAGCAUGAUCAGUGCAGGAGAAACCAAGAGGCUGUCCCAGCCGAUGCCCACGCUCCAAACUCCGGCCCCGAUGGGUGUACAGGCUUCUGUCUCUGUGAUCAUCGCACUGCGUCGGGCAGUGAAGCGCCACCGUGACCGGAGAGAGCGCCAGAGGCGUGUUUUCCGCAUGUCCCUGCUAAUCAUCUCAACAUUCUUGUUGUGCUGGGCACCUCUGUCCAUUGCCAACCUGCUUAUUCUGUGCCUCGGGCCUAGCCCCUUGCUGGGCAAGCUGCGCAUCUGCUUCCUGGCCAUGGCCUAUGGUACAACCAUCUUCCAUCCACUCCUUUAUGCCUUUACCCGUCAGAAGCUGCGCAAUGUACUCCGCAGCAAGCUGAAGAAACGAGUAGUGUCAGCACUGCAAGUCGAUCCCGCACCUGGUGGCACAAUCAUCCACAAUUCCUGGGUGGAGCCACCACGGAAAGGCUGCAAGGGGCGGCCACGGGGUAGUGAUGGGGCUGAGCACUGCCUGACAGAGGCCACAAAAGAGUAAGGAGUAGGGGUGAAUUUCAGACUAGGUGCCAAGAAAGCUGGGAUGGGUUGUAGCAAUCCACUGCAUACCUAAGCUGGUGAGUGCCAAACACUGAAGCCACUGAAGAACGAGAGGCAGAUACAGGACCCUUAUCAAAAUCACCAGAAACUACAGCUUGGUGCUAAACCCUCUGACCAAAGGUGUAAAGGAAGAGGUGCAAAGUGGAAGUGAGCAGUUAUCGCAGCAAGCAGAGAGAGGCAACCAUCAACACCUUGUAGAAAUAACCACUUCCACCUAGAGUCUGAUACUGACUCCUCACGAAGCCUCCACUUAGUCAGUGGCAAAACCUCCUAUCUAUUUGAGGUAAAACAUGAAGGCUUAACAUUGGCCUGUUGACAGCACUAAGACCACUAGAAUUAUGACAACUAUUUAAUGACUUAGAUAAUGCCAAGAGUUGUAACAGGCAGAGAUGAGUGCUUACACGUGUUGGGGAAAGGCUUUAGGUUUAGUCAACACAAAGAGAGUCAGCGCUCUAGAAGAUCAUUGUAAUGCUGAGUAAGUCUAGAAUGGCUAAAAUAAGCUCACCAUUUUAGAGAAAGGCAAGAUACUGUGUAAGAAAGGCAGGUUUGGAAACAGUUGUGGAAUACAAGGUUGGGAUAGCAUAACUUUUUAGAGAUCUCUGCCUUACAGGUAAUCCUCAACUUACGACCAGUCAUUUAGCAACCGGUUACAAUUAGAACAGAUCUCCCCAAAAAGGUACCUAUGACCCAGUUUUCAAGUUCUGAUAUCCCCUGGUCACAUGACUGCAUUUUGGAUGUCAGCAACCGUCCGCACUUAUGGCUGCUCACAUUCAUGUGACCACAAUUUAUGACGUUUUUGUCAAAAACCGGUGUUUACUUCAAGUUUCCAGCAAAAAGCAUCCCAUAGUGAAUAAUAGGUUCACUUAAUGACUGCCAUGUUCGCUUAAUGACUGUCACACAAAAAAGAUCAUAACAUUGGAUCUGAUCCAAUGAUUUUGCAAUAUUUAGAUUUCUGCUGAAUAAGGAGAGAAUUGGAUUACCAUAAGAACUUCCUCAGAGGAAAAAGGUAGAUUUUUCCAAAGGAGGCCCAUUCUUCAUUUAGUAGAUUUAGGCUGCAACCAUAAUGUGUAAAUCUUACCCAGAACCUAGGUCUUUCUUUUGGGGGAGACAUACCUAGGAUGGCACUGACAGCCUUUUUUUUUUUUUUUCAAAAUCUCAGCCUUGCCAGGGAGCCCUAGUGAUAAGUACCCUCACAGCUACUUCAUCUGCAUGAAGAUAGCCUACUGAGGUAGAAGUUGGAAAAGAAAAGAAUAGUUUGAAGAGGUAACUGGAAAUGUUUAGGUAGUAAGUAAUAAUAAUGUCAUUCAGUUCAUAACUCUGUUCUUCCAAGGUCAUCCUUCAGAAAAGCUCCUAGAACAGCGGUUCUCAACCUGUGGGUCGCGACCCUUUUGGGGGUCGAAUGACGCUUUCACGGGUUGCCUAAGACCAUCGGAAAACACAUAUUUCCGAUGGUCUUAGAAACCGAGACACUGCUCCUCUAUCCGGCCGUCGCCGCCGCCCUCCUCCGCCGGGUCCUCCGCCUCCAGGGCGCCCUUCUCCGACAGCGCCUGCUGCUGCAGCGCCAUCGCGCAUGCCCCCGACGCCACCCUGGGCCUGCUCAGCAGUCGAAUCUAGCCAGGUCUGGGUCGCUGCUGGCACUGCCGCUGCCGGCUGAGCUGAGCUGCAGCGCCGAGCUGGUCUCCACCCCUCCUGGUUGCCUGGCCGCGCUCUGCCCCCAGCCACCCUCCACGCCACAUGGGAGCCUCCCCCGUGCCGCCUGGCCAGCCUCCCUCACCAUUGGAGGCCGCCUUGGCCCUCUGGCGCCCGGUGUGGCCAUGGGGCUGCCGGGCAGGAGCGGCUCCUUCCUGGCUCGCCGGGCUCCAGGCCUCAGAAGUGGCCAGGGGGCGUGGAAGAGGGCGAGGCGGCGGCAAUGCCUGCAUGUGCAUCGGAGGCCAGCCAGCAGGGCCGGGAGGGGAGAAGCGGUGCCUUCCGAGCGGGAGCUGGCACUCCGGCUGCGCCCCUGUCGCGUGCGAUGGGCUGCGCAGCGUGGAAAGGUGCUCCCGUGACUCCACCACUGCGAUGGUGCUCAGGAGGCUGGAGGGGUGGGCAGGUCCUGGGGGGGGCAGCUGGGAGAGGGCAAGAGGUGCCGGGAUGUGGAUGGGGCACUCUAGGUUGGCGGGUGUGAGAGGGCAGCUGGCGGCUCCAAGAUGCGCGGAUCCUCAGCACAGCUUCCGAGGCCCCAGAUGUGCCGCCGCUUGGUUCUCCACCAGGCUCUCCGCCAGAGCCUCCCCCACCCGGGCAAUUGUGUAGAGCUGCUUGUGCAUCCUUGGCAGCGCCUCCCCCGUUCAAUCUCCUUCCUUCUCCAUCUCCUUC